AUGUUCGACAGAUUAGUUUUGUUCUGUUUGUGCUGUUGCUGUCUGGUCGAUGCGGUGAAGUCGGUGUCAGUGACGGAGGGAGAUUCAGUCACUCUAAACCCUGAUCUUACUGAUAAACAAUCUGACAAUCUGAUCAUGUGGAACUUUAAAACUAACGGGCCUCUUAUUGCGAAAAUCGAUCUAGCGGCCAACGAUAUCUCGAUAAUAGAUGAUGGUCCAGAUAAGAGAUUCAGAAACAGACUGAAGCUGGAUCUUCAGACAGGAUCUCUGACCAUCACAAACAUCACAACUGAACAUGCUGGAGUCUAUCAAGUAACCAUCAGCAGCAAGACAAAGAUUAUAUAUAGAUUUAAUGUUACUGUCUAUGCUCGUCUGCCCGUUCCUGUCAUUAUAAGUGACUCCCCACAAAAUUCUUCAUCAUAUUGUUCACUGCUGUGUUCAGUGUUGAAUGUGGGUCAUGUGACUCUCUCCUGGUACAAAGGAAACAGUUUAUUGUCCAGCAUCAGUGUGUCUGAUCUCAACAACAGUCUGUCUUUACGUCUGGAGUGUCUGGAUGAUUCCUACAGCUGUGUGGUGAACAAUCCCAUCAGCAACCGGACUAAAUAUGUCAACAUCACUGAUCUCUGUCGUCCAUGUUCAGGUAUGCUAACAGAUAUUGUGGAGUCAGUGUCUGUGAUUGUGGGAGAUUCUGUCACUCUACAGACGGAAGUUACUCAAAUACAGAGCCGUGGUUUGAUUGAGUGGAGGUUUGAAGGAUAUCUCAUUGCUAGAGUCAACAGUGACUCCAAUAAGAGAGUACAGGCCAAUGUUACUGAGGAAUUCAGAGGCAAGCUGCAGCUGGACAAUCAGACUGGAGAUCUCAAGAUCAGAAACAUCAGAACGGCAGACUCCGGACUUUAUGAACUUGAUAUCAACAGUGCCAGAGGGUCAUCAAAAAAGUCCUUCAAUAUCAGUGUGCUUGAUUUGGCGUCGGAUGGCGUGAAGGUCGUGUCGGUGAUGGAGAGAGACUCUGUCGUUCUACCCUCAGGUCUAUCUAAAAUACAGAGAGAAGAUCAGAUAACCUGGAAGUUUAAAGGCACGCUCAUAGCUGAAAUAAAUCAGACCGCCGGAAUCUUCUCUACAUAUGAUGUUCUUGAUGGGAGAUUCAGAUACAGACUGCAUCUGAACAAUCAGACUGGAUCGCUCAUCAUUACUAACGUCAAACCCAAAAUCUCUGGACUUUAUGAAAUCAACAUCAGCAAGAGCAGCAGCAGAUACACCACGCACAAGACAUUCAAUGUGACAUCUAUUGAUGGAGAGAACAGGCUGUCUGUGAUGGAGGGAACUUCUGUCACGCUAGAAUCUGGUGUUUCUGAAAUACACACAGAUGACGUGAUCGUAUGGAGGUCUGAGCAUGGAGACUCUAUCAUAGCAAAAAUCGAUAGAGGGACAAAGGUCUUCACUACAUUGGAUGGAGCUGAUGGGAGAUACAGCGGCACACUGGAGCUGGACAGUAAGACCGGAUCUCUGACCAUCAGGCACAUCAGAACUAAACACACUGGACUUUAUCACCUGGAUAUCACCGGCAACCGGCGCACCGUAUUCAAGAGAUUCUUUAUUUCUGUCUGUUCACAGAAUUGGUCUCGAUAUGUUAUGGUCGGAAUUGUUGUUGCUGUUUUGCUGUUGGUCGUGAUCGGAGCUGUUGUUGGGAUUCGUCGUCGUCAAACGCAAAAUGUUAAUGGCUCUGUAAUAUGA